AUGUGGUAUGGAGAACGGCUAAACAAGCGUAGAAAUGCAAAGAAUCCUACUUUUUCUUUAUGUUGCAUGCAAGGUCAAGUUCAGUUGCCUCUAUUGAAGGAGCCACCAACUAUUCUAAAAAAGCUUUUGGAAGGGGAUGAUCCACGAAGCAGGCAUUUCCAAAAACAUAUACGACCUUACAAUAUGGUUUUUUCUUUCACUUCACUUGGUGGAAAAGUUCAGAGGACUUUAAAGAAGGGUAAAGGACCUGAUAUGUUUCAACUACAAGGAGAAAACUAUCACUUAAUUGGGAAUUUAACUCCACCUGAAGGAAGUGAAGCGAAAUUCGGACAGCUAUACAUAGUUGACACAGAGAAUGAAGUUGAAAACAGAGCAAAAUGUUUAAGCUCUGGAAAACAGAAAAUUCAGGUCAAGAAAAAGGAUAAUCUCAGGAAAGAUAUUAUUGAUGCUUUGAUGAGGAUGUUGAAUGAGGUCAAUCCAUAUGUAAAAAAGUUUAGAUCAGCAAGAGAUCGCUUCAACACAGAUCCUGAAGAUUCAUUUCAUAUGAGGAUUGUUAGUGAGAGGUUAAAGGACGGAAGGACAUAUAACACACCCUCUGCCUCAGAGGUUGCUGCCCUUAUUCCUGGAGAUUUUAGUCUUGAUAUGGACAGAAGGGAUAUUGUUCUACAACAAAAAUCAGGGAAACUGUUGAGAAUUAACGAGAUUCAUGCUUCUUAUCUUGCACUUCAGUAUCCUCUUUUGUUUACGUAUGGAGAAGAUGGAUUCAGACUCGGUAUUAAGAAAGGGGCAACGAAGAUUACAAAAAAACAGAAGAAGCCUAAUAUCAGUAUGAGGCAAUUCUUUGCUUUUCGCUUGCAUGAACGUAAGAAUGAGUCUCAUUGUCUCCUACAUUCUAGAAGGCUAUUUCAACAAUUUGUGGUGGAUGCCUUCACAACAAUUGAGUCUAAUCGUCUGCGAUAUUUGAAGCUAAAUCAAACUUCCUUGCGAUCUGAUAGUUAUGAUUCCAUAAAAGAGUCGGAGAAUGCAGGCAAAGUGGAUAUGAAUGAGCAAGGAUCUGAGUUUACUUUACCAGCUUCUUUCGUGGGGAGUCCUAGAUAUAUGAAGAACAAUUACUUGGAUGCUAUGACAAUAUGCAAGCAUUUCGGAUUCCCAGACCUUUUCAUCACUUUCACGUGUAAUCCCAAAUGGCCAGAGAUCACCAGAUAUGUGAAAGCGAGGAAGCUAAAGGCAGAAGAUAGAUCAGACAUUAUUUGUAGAAUUUUCAAGAUCAAACUUGAUUCAUUGAUGGAUGCUUUAACCAAGAAGAAUAUUUUGGGAGAGACCCGCGCAUCUAUGUACACAAUUGAGUUCCAGAAGCGUGGUUUACCGCAUGCUCACAUUCUCCUAUUCAUGAAGAAAAUCAGGCAGCCUACAACAGAGGACAUUGACAACAUAAUAUCUGCUGAGAUUCCUAAUAAAAAGGAAGAACCAGAACUUUUUGAGAUCAUUAAGGAUAUGAUGAUUCAUGGACCAUGUGGAGCAGCUAAUAUGAAUUCACCAUGCAUGGAGAAUGGCCGUUGCUCUAAGUCAUAUCCUAAAUCAUUUUCUGAGACGACCAAUAUUAAUAAAGAAGGAUUUCCGGUUUACAGAAGGCGUCAACAUUCAGAAAAUUAUGUUCUGAAGAAUGGAGUGCGAUGUGACAAUCGAUAUGUUAUUCCUUACAGCCGGCAAUUAUCUCUCCUUUAUAGAGCUCACAUUAACGUUGAGUGGUGCAACCAAGUUGGGUCUAUAAAGUAUUUAUUCAAAUACAUAAAUAAAGGACAGGAUCGUUGCACAGUUUCUGUUGAACCCCCAGACCACAUUGUUGCAAGUGAGUUAGGAGAUGUCGAUCUUACUAAGGAAAAACUUGAGAAGAAAAGGAAUGAACUCAAGGAAUUCUUCGAUUGCAGCUGCAAAUUAAAUGGACUUAAUAAACAACUUUUUCGUUUUUGCAGAUACGUUUCGACAUGUGAAGGAACUUGGAGAGUGUUCAAAUUCCCUAUUCACUAUCGAUCUGUUGCUGUAGAGAAGCUUAGUUUUCAUCUACCCGGAAAGCAAGUUGUUACAUUCAAAGAGAAAGAUAAAUUGAAAACAGUGGUCACCCGGAAGCUCAUUGAAAAUACAAUGUUCUUAGCUUGGUUUGAGUUGUGUAAGAUUGACUCCCUUGCCAGAACAUUGACCUACGCUCAGAUUCCAAACUUCUUCACUUAUGAUAAAAGGUCAAAGACGUUCAAAAGACGGAAAAGGGGUUUUGCUCUAGGGAGGAUUAAUUAUGCUCCUCGGUCCCAGGAAAAUGCUUAUUUCUUGCGUGUAUUAUUGAACAUUGUCAGAGGACCCACCAGUUAUGAUGACAUUAAAACCUAUGAAGGUGUUCUACAUCCGAGCUACAAAGCAGCAUGUUAUGCUCGUGGGUUAUUAGAUGAUGAUCAAGAAUACAUUGAUGACAUACUAAGAAGAAGUUAUGAAAGCACAGCAAGUGAGCUACGAAAUUUUUUUGUUAUGAUGCUUAUGAGUAACACUUUAUCUGAGCCGGAGACUGUAUGGGAACACACUUGGGAGAUUUUGUCUGAAGAUAUAGAGCACUGCAGGAGAAGAAAUUUCAAUAGACCAGGUCUAUUACUGAGCGAUGACGACAAAAAGAAGUAUGCUUUACUAGAGAUUGAAAAAAUUUUGAGACGUAAUGGUACUUCUCUGUCAAGAUUUGAAUCUAUGCCUAGACUACCAAGGACAAGUAGUGACGAUUCAAAUGUCUUGGUGUUAGACGAGCGUAGCUAUUAUCGUACCUCUUUGUUGGAAACUCUUGACAGAGAUAUUCCAAAGAUGACUUGCGAGCAAAAAUUCAUAUAUGACCAGAUUCUUUCAGCUGUUAAUAAAGGAGAUGGUGGAAUGUUUUUUGUUAGCGGUUUUGGUGGAACUGGGAAAACUUUCCUCUGGAAAUUGCUAUCUGCAGCCAUUAGAUCUCGAGGAGAUAUUGUUCUAAAUGUGGCUUCAAGUGGCAUCGCAUCAUUGUUGUUGCAAGGCGGUCGGACAGCUCAUUCAAGAUUCGGUAUUCCUCUAAAUCCAGACGAGUUUUCCUCAUGUACUAUGAAGCAUGGAACUGACCAAUCUAAUUUAGUGAAAGCAUCAUCACUUAUUAUCUGGGAUGAAGCGCCUAUGAUGAGCAAGCAUUGUUUUGAAGCGUUGGACAGAAGUUUAUCUGAUAUUGUGGGAAAGCACGACACACAACCAUUUGGGGGAAAAGUUGUUGUUUUCGGAGGCGAUUUUAGGCAGGUCUUGCCUGUUAUAAAUGGAGCUGGUAGAGCUGAAAUUGUUAUGGCCACACUUAACUCUUCAUAUCUAUGGGAUAACUGCAAAGUGCUUAAUUUGACUAAGAAUAUGAGAUUGCUCUCUGGUGGUUUAUCACUUGAAGACUCAAAGGAUCUAAAAGAAUUUUCAGAGUGGAUUUUGAAAGUUGGAGAUGGUAAACUUUCUGAGCCUAAUGAUGGGGAAGCAGAGGUUGAAAUACCCACUGAAUUUCUUAUUACCAAGUCAGAUGAUCCUAUAGAAGCAAUCAGCAAAGCUAUUUAUGGUGAUUCAGCAACAUUGCAUGAAAAAAAAGAGGCCAAGUUUUUCCAAGAGAGAGCUAUUCUUUGUCCAACCAAUGAGGAUGUGAAUAUAGUUAAUGAUUAUAUGUUGGAUAAGCUAAAUGGCGAGGAAAAAAUUUAUAACAGUGCUGAUAGUAUUGAUCCUUCAGAUACAACCUCGGUAAACAAUGAAGCACUUAGUUCUGAUUUUCUGAACACUAUUAAGGUUUCUGGUUUACCAAACCAUAGUCUUAGACUGAAGGUUGGUUGUCCUGUUAUGGUUCUGAGAAACAUAGCUCCUACAGACGGCUUAAUGAAUGGGACCAGAUUGCAGAUCACACAUCUAAUGGAUUUUAUGGUUCGAGCUAGGAUUAUAACAGGAGAAAGGGUUGGGGAAAUAGUUGAUAUUCCUAGAUUGCUGAUAACCCCUUCUGACACCAGAUUGCCGUUUAAAAUGCGGAGAAGACAACUGCCUCUUGCUGUGGCUUUUGCCAUAACAAUCAACAAAAGCCAAGGGCAAUCACUAUCUCAAGUAGGUCUGUAUCUACCAAGACCUGUCUUUUCACAUGGUCAGCUAUAUGUGGCUGUUUCUAGAGUCACUUCAAAAAAAGGAUUAAAAAUUUUGAUUGUGGACAAAGAUGGAAAAACUCAGAAAAAAACUAUGAAUGUAGUUUUUAAAGAAGUUUUCGACAACCUUUAGCUGUUGGGGGUGAUAAGGUAUGUGAUCCUAAUCGAUUAGAUGUAGUUAUACGUUUUAUGUUUGUAUGUGUUCUUUAUAAAGUUCAGAUUCCUAUGCGUCUGUUCUUAUAUA